AUUUAUUGUUGUAGUAUUUUUAACUAUAGUGAAGAUGUCUGGAAGAGGAAAGACCGGCGGUAAAGCCCGUGCUAAGGCAAAGACUCGCUCCUCCAGGGCAGGACUGCAGUUCCCAGUCGGUCGUGUUCACAGACUGCUGCGGAAGGGAAACUAUGCCCAGCGCGUCGGCGCUGGAGCCCCGGUCUAUCUGGCCGCUGUGCUCGAGUACCUGACUGCUGAAAUCCUGGAGCUGGCCGGGAACGCCGCCCGGGACAACAAGAAAACCAGAAUCAUCCCGCGUCACCUGCAGCUCGCUGUCCGCAACGACGAGGAGCUCAACAAGCUGAUGGGAGGCGUCACCAUCGCUCAGGGCGGAGUGCUGCCCAACAUCCAGGCCGUGCUGCUGCCCAAGAAAACCGAGAAGCCAGCCAAGAAGAAGAGUUUGAAGAUGGCACGAACCAAGCAGACCGCUCGUAAGUCCACCGGUGGAAAGGCUCCCAGGAAGCAGCUCGCUACCAAGGCUGCCCGAAAGAGCGCUCCCGCUACCGGCGGCGUGAAGAAACCUCACCGCUACAGGCCUGGGACUCCGCCGGCCUGCAGGAUCUUCUUGAGCGCCGCCACGGACAGCCCGCUGCGCUCCUUGGAGGCAGACACAGCCUUGACGAUGAGCUCCGACACGCUGGGACCCGAUUUCUUGGGCUUGGCCGCGGUCUUCUUCUUGGGAGCUUUAGCCGGAGCAGGGGCGGCUGCCAGUGUGUAUAAAAAGCAGGAGAGCAACCUCGCAUUUCUUGUUGUAAUAUUCUUAACUAUAGUGAAGAUGUCUGGAAGAGGAAAGACCGGCGGUAAAGCCCGUGCUAAGGCAAAGACUCGCUCCUCCAGGGCAGGACUGCAGUUCCCAGUCGGCCGUGUUCACAGGCUGCUGCGGAAGGGAAACUAUGCCCAGCGUGUCGGCGCUGGAGCCCCGGUCUAUCUGGCCGCUGUGCUCGAGUACCUGACUGCUGAAAUCCUGGAGCUGGCCGGGAACGCCGCCCGGGACAACAAGAAAACCAGAAUCAUCCCGCGUCACCUGCAGCUCGCUGUCCGCAACGACGAGGAGCUCAACAAGCUGAUGGGAGGCGUCACCAUCGCUCAGGGCGGAGUGCUGCCCAACAUCCAGGCCGUGCUGCUGCCCAAGAAAACCGAGAAGCCAGCCAAGAAGUAAAUCACUCGGACACCGCUUUUAAGAUCUUCUAAAACCCCAAAGGCUCUUUUAAGAGCCAC